AUGCUUCCCUUAAUUAAAGUCUUCUCUUUGACUCUAAAACUUUUUACAAGACCCAUUACAAACCAAAUGAAAAUUUCAUUAAAGACCAACCAAAAUCACCACCCAGUCUUUAGAAACCUCUUAUUGUACCUAGGGCAAUCUUAUCAUAGGAUUAAUGUAAAAAUUCAAAGGAAACUAAUAGGAAUGGAAAGUGACGAUUAUGUGAAACCUUUAAAAGAUGACAAAGCUUUAGAGCAAGGAGCAGACUUUUUUGGAGAAAUUGUAGCGUAUAGCAUUUUAUUGGUAUGAGGAUCAUAUGAACUAAUUAAAUCUGCAAGAGAUAAUAGGAUAAAAGAAAACAGUUAUGCAGAAACUUUAAAGAAAAUUAAUGCUCAGCUUGAAGGAUUAAAUAACGGAUGCACAUCUUUGAUGGCUGAAAUGGAAAAUUUGAAAGAAAAAAUAGCAGAAGAAGAGGCUGAGUUAUCAAAAAUUGAAACUAAUUGUUUAAAUGAAGCUUUGAAUGAAAUAGACAAUAAUUAA